GAUUGGUUUCUCCGGAAAGAACGCUUUUCAUUCUAGCUCUCAGGCACAAGACUACAACAUCCAAGCAUGGCUGACACCAUCUGGGAGUCCUACCGGCCCGAACUGGAGCGUCUCUAUAUCCAUGAAGGCCGUAAAUUAAGCGAAGUCAGGGAGUAUAUGCGAACUAAGUACGGGUUCGAUGAAAGAAAGUCACAGUACGAAAAGUACUUCAAGCGAUGGGGCCUGCGAAAAAAUCAUUCUCUGACCUCAGCGGAAGGCAAGUUCAUCGGGCGGCGAAUCGACAAGAGAAAGAGGGAACACCAGAAAGAGAGCGAAGUGAAUGUCGACGGGGUUCAAUAUCCCCCCAGCAAGCUGAAAAAGUCUCGAUACAAUAAAAAUAAAACCUUUGUUUCGACGGUGGAUAACCUUCCAAACGCUCCUUCUCCCAGCACUCCACAAGGAAUUGUUGUCUGCACUCCUGCAACGCCGGGCAUGCGGCUCAUUUGGAAUCAGUCCCUUCCAUGGUUCCAAUUUGCCAAGCUGCUCAAGCCUGGACAAGACCCUAAUUUGUCGUCGCUACCGUCCGCCCUGGCCGUGACAUCGCCACAAUCCCCUGAUCUGGACAAACUAGGGAAGGGCGAGGGUCGACGCACGGCGCUACAACAUGCGAUGAACAACGGAAACAUGGACCUGAUCAACCUCCUUCUUGACCACGGAGCCAAUGUCAAUAGUGCACCGUCAGAGGAGGGCGGAGCUACCGCAUUGCAGAUUGCCGCCAUUCAAGGCUAUCUAGGGAUUGCUCGCAAGCUCAUCGACCUAGACGCAGACAUUAAUGCUGCUCCUGCACAAUUCAAGGGCAGAACAGCCUUGGAGGGAGCGGCAGAGCACGGUCGAAUUGACAUGCUUCGGCUACUUCUUGACGAAGGAGCAUCACUGGUAGGCAACUAUGGUGAACGGCAAUAUCGGCGUGCCGUGGAAUUGGCUGAGAAAAAUGGGCAUAUGGCGGCCGCGAAGCUCUUGAAAUCGUUCAAGGAUAAGGUGGAAGAAAGUGGUAUUUGA